AUGAUGCAACUGGAAUGUCUAGAGUUGCUGGACGUACUUACUGAAGAACAAACCACGAAAGCCUAUGAAACGAUGGAUGAGACCAUGAGAAACCUUAGUUUUGAUAACCCCCAAGGCUUGAAAUAUUUUUUAGAAGUAUUAAAAGAUGUUAGCCUGGAUAACAACUCGAAUGACGAUGACCAAGAAGAGGAGAUUAUAUACUUGCCCUCGUACGUUCAAUUGGCUCCACCUGUGAAAAAAAAGGUUCCGCCCCCAGUGCCUCCAGUAGUCCCAAGUCCAAAGGUACCUGAUAAGGAAGGGACCAGGGAAAUGUAUAACUGCGAACCCUGCUGUCAAAACGAAAUGAAGAUUAAUGAAGAAAUUGGAGUCGAAAAAGAACAAUCCAAAAACAAAGAAAACAAAGAUGAAACAUACCCCGCGCAUCUGAAAGACACCAAACUCGACGAACUUGGUUAUGAAGCCGAUAACGAAGACGAUAAUGCUGACCCUGGCGAAGUUGAUGUGGGAGGGACUAACGAAGAAGAAAGGGAAAUGGAUGAACUUACCGCCCGUAUAACCCAGGUAUCCAAAGUAAAAACCAAAACCCCGGAAGGAAAAGACGUAAAAAGUGAACCUAGAAUUAAAAGGAAAAGAAGAUUAAAGUCAGGGCAAGACAACACAGCUCGGAUUACAAACAAGAAGAC